GUUUCAAUAAUAUUUAUUUUUAACUCAAAAUAAGCUGAAAACUUUUUUGAAGUGAGUUUAUUAUCUUCAUAAUUUUAUUUCAUCUGUGUUUAAUUGUAGCUUGCUAAUUCCAUUAUAAAAAAUAAUGGACAAACCUCUGAGUCAAGAGGACAUAGCGGCAAUGGAGGGACAGUUGAGAGACUGCGUGGAGGAAGACAAGAAAUAUUGGAGGGUCAACAACGUGAAAUGCGACGCUAUAUACACAGCCAAGACUUACGAGGAGUUCGCUGAUCGCGUAGCUGCAGCUCACCUGCAGCCGCUGGAGAGGAGCGAUUAUAGAAAGAAAGCUGCAAAAAGCUGGAACCAGUACGCGGCCAAGUAAAUGACCUUUAAACAAUUAAAAUUAUAAAAAAAUACUGUUCAUUUAUUAAUGAUAAUAAUUGCCCAAAACAAAAUCGCAAAUAUUACAUUUAUUUUACAUAAUAUACAUAUAUGUAUGUUAUAAUAAAAUUUAAGAGUUAUAUGUGGAAUAGUAUCCCUAAUAAUAUUGGAAUUCCUCCUCAAAUUAUUAUUAAUAGAAAAAAAAGAACCAAGUGAAUUCGCAAGUGGAUUACAGAAUUACUGGACUUAGGUACUGAAAUUAAAUCAAAAUUCUAUCCAAAGGCCCGAGCCCCAGCUGGGGGGACAGUAAUAGGCUGGUGAUGGUGAGUCUGUUAACAAGCAGCGCUUGCUGAGUUUCAUACUAGGUAUCGAUACAAAGUCUAGUCAGUUCUAUCUUUAUCUAUCAAAAUUUAUCAAAAAAUAAUAUGCAUAGGUAAAAUUUAUAAAAAAAACAGCCUUUGCAGAGUUUCUUGCUGAUUUUUUUCAGUACAAGGUUUCCGGCCGUAGAUUAACGAACCGAUGGCGUUGAGUUUCGACUUUCACAAGUGUUUAUAACAGCCUAGACUGAAUGAAUGAAUUUGAUUUGAAACAAAAAUUG